GAGACUAGAUAAUAAAACUUUCUAGUCGUUGUUUUUGUGCUCAUUCAGUAAUCUUUUUGAUUUAAAUACAAUGCAUAUCACUCCAUAAACCUUCCGGACCCUGAUAUUUAAUUUUACGUUUAAAGACAUACAGUAUGAGGUUUAUACAGCUAAUAAUUGGCUGUGAACAAUGUGUUUACUGUUUUUCCUGACUUUAUUUAUUCAGUAUACUCUGAGGAUAGGUAGUGUGUUCCGUGAUAUUUCAAAAUGUUUUUAGAAUCUGAUGUAUUUUCACAGCUUGAACAAUAUGAGUUAUUUGAGAGACCAUCCUUUCGUAUCGCUCGAGAUAUUAGUGGACGGCAGACCAGGCAAACUGUAUUUUAUGCAUGGGGAAGGUAAUUAUUGUUUUUUACUCAUUCAUCUAGAUCAUGGUAUUUGGUUCUUCAUCGUGAAACAUCGUUUCAUAAUUCUAACUUGUCAGUCAGAUUUAUCAGUACAAAUGGUACCUACUCUUUUUAUCCGAAAACAAAAUAUGCAGAAUUACAUACUGGCUAUGUAUCAGGUUCAAACCAAUCAUUUGUGUUAGCUCAUUUGGAACCAUACACUUCACUACUUAGCGCUCAUAUUCAUAUGGAAUCAGAUAUUUUUGUUAUUGAGCCAUUGUCUGAUUACACAAGCUAUAUUGGAAAUAAUUCUAUGUUAAUGUAUCGCCUAAAAGAUAUUCAGUUUAAAAAGAUACUAAAUAAAUCGAUGAAUUAUAAAUCAGCCACUUUAUUGGCCCUAGAAACUGAUACAUUUGAUGUCUAUAUUAGACGAAAACGUUUCAACCCCAUACAAUUACAGCGCAAACUUUGUCGCCUUACACUCGUCGCUGAUUACGAUUUUUUUACUAAUUUGGGAAAUAGAAAUGGACCUAAAACUAUCAGUCAUGUUAUUAAAGUAUUUGACCGGUUAAAUUAUCUGUUUCUUACUUCAAAAUUUUUGGAUGAUAAGCAUGAUGAAAUGAUUGGCUAUGGCUUUUUAUUACAUGAGAUCAUAAUCCAUGAAUCAUGGACAGCUGAUCACGGUCACUAUAAUUCACCAACUGAUUUAGGUGGGAAAAUCUGGACAGCUACAUCCCUGUUGCGUGCAUUUAGUCGAUUCGAUGCGAAACAGUCUUGUUUGGCUCAUUUACUUAGCUACAAAAGAAUAGAUGAAGGCAUUUUAGGGAUGUCUUGGUUGGCCUCCCCGGAUCCAAAGAAGUUAGGCGGUAUUUGUUCCCCACCUCUUCGUCGAAAUAAUAAAAAGGAUCUCUAUUUAAAUACAGGAUGGACUACUUAUGUAGAUUAUAAUGGUCAACAACUAGUGAACGCUUUGGCUGAAUUAAUCACGGCUCAUGAAUUAGGACAUAGUUGGGGCGCAGAUCAUGAUCCUGACACAGAUGAAUGCAAUCCUGCAGCUAUAAGUUCUGGAAAAUAUUUAAUGUAUACCUAUUCAGUUUCAGGUUACGCUGAAAAUAAUGGAAAAUUUUCACCAUGUAGUUUACGGACAAUUGGCGCUUGUUUGGUUACUCGUGCUCCAUUAUGUUUCGAAGAUUCAUCUGCGGCUCUUUCAAAUCUUUGUGGUAACAGUCGUAUUGAUGAGGGUGAAGAAUGUGAUGUUGGUCGAAAUCCACAUGAUCCUUGUUGUAGUUCUGAGUGUUAUUUUAGAACAGGUGCUCACUGUUCACCUUGGAAUCAUGGUUGUUGUACUUCUGAUUGCCAGUUAGCACCAAAGAAUACCAUUUGCGCACAAACUAGCAGUACUAAUCCUUGUUUAGGACCUGGUCAGUGUAAUGGUUUAUCAUCUAUUUGUCCAGGUCCAACACUUUUAUCCGGUGGUCAAUGUGAUGAAUAUGGGCGAUGUUUUCAGGGUAAAUGUCAUCCGUUUUGUUCUAGUCUGGGACUGGAAACUUGUAUCUGUGAUUCAGUUGAAGAAUCCUGCUUUAUUUGCUGUUUAUUUCCAACAUCAAAUUCAACCACAAAUCAAAGCACCAUAUGCCUUCCCGUUACAUUGUCCCAAAAUGAAUAUCUAUUACAUUCUAAACAGAAUACUGUAAAACAUUCAGAAUCUUAUAAAUCCUAUUCAAUGAUUUAUUCAAGACGAUCAACUCUGUAUUCUAUGCAUAAGUUUUUACUAUCCUCGUCUAACAUAUUACGGUUGUAUGAUAAACACUCACCAAAUGAUACAUAUCAUUUUGUUGUUGAUAAUAAAACUCAAAAACUAGCUACAACUGAUUUUAACAAUAUUAAUUCAUACUAUCAUAAACAACCUUUAGUACAUAUUCAUUUGCAAGAUUAUCGGCCAUGUCUUAAUGGUUAUUGUAUGGCGGGAAAAUGUAUAGAAUCGAAAAGUAAGCGGAUAUUACGAUUUUGGACACCAGUUCAUUAUUCUAAACACAAGAAUCUCGGGACCAUUGCUUGGGACAAUCUGGUAUUUUUCGCAGUCUUCUUAUCACUUAUCGUAUGGAUACCAUUGAGUGCAUGUGUUGCUUACUUAAAUAGGUAUCAUGAACGAAAUUGUUAAUUACUAAUUAAAAAGUUAUGAAUCGACGAGCCACAUAUUCUGUCAAUCAUAUGAGAAACAAUAUUUACCUUCAAGCAGCAUUUUUAGUGAUUCAUAUAUUUUCCACAUAUAAAUAUUUUAAAAGUAUAUAACAUUAUUAUAAUCUAUUGAACUUUUUCUCGAUCAGUUUCUAUCUUGUUUAUGAUAUAAUUUGUUAUUGUGUCCCCAUUCAAUCCAAUCUUCUAUCAUACUUUGUAUACAUAAUCUUCCCUAUUGUGUUUUCUUGUUUUCAAAUGUAUAAAAACUGUAGUAUGUAUAUGUAAAAUCUGUUUUUCUUUAUUCUUCUUGUGUGUAUAAUUUUUACUGAAGUUUCUCUUUUUUUAAACUUAAUUUCUUAGGAGUCAGAUUUUUAAGUUCAGUCGCGUGAAAAGUGAGAUAAAUACCGUUGAGUUGUUUGUUUUUCGUUUUCUCUCUUUAAUAUUUCAUCCACUUUAUGCAUUAUGUAUCAAUUUGUUCAUUUGUUCAAUGUCAAAUUUUAUUUUCUAUAUCAAAACUUUGAACAUUUUUCCUCUAAUUUACGUUUAAUUC